AUGGGAAAUCUACAUCCGUCUCGUAUCGAACGUCCUGAAUUAAAUGAACGUGAAUUAUCUUAUAUAGUUCUUCAUACACAUUUUACACGAAAACAAAUCAAUGAUUUUUAUGUUCGUUUUUUAUCUUAUUAUCCACGUGGUUAUGUAAAUUUUGAUCAAUUUUGUGAUUUAUAUUGUGAUGAAUUAAAACAUUUAUAUAAUUCCCGACCAUUACUUGAACGAAUAUUUCAUCAUAUUGAUACAGAUAAAAAUGGACAAUUAAAUUUUAAAGAAAUACUUUUUUUCAAAGCAAUAAAUAUGCCUGAAACAGAUAUUGAUGAAAAAUUUCGAUGGAUUUUUUUUCUUUACGACACAAAUCAUGAUCAUCAAAUUGAUAAACAUGAAUUUAUUAAUUUAUGUCAUUUUGCUUAUUAUAUUCAUGGAAAAUUAUUAACAACAAAACGAUUGUAUGAAUUAAAUAAUUUAUUUGAAAAAUUUGAUAUCGAUGAUAAUCAACAAUUAAAUUGUAAUGAAUUUACUGAAUUAUGUAAACAAUGUACAGAUCUACUUGAAUUAAUAACACCAAUGUUUACUAAUACAAAAUGGAAUACUAAAAAAGAUCAUCAUCUUCCAAAAUAUUCAACAACAACAACAACAAAUGAACUUACAUCCGAUCGAAUAGAAUAUUUAAUGAAACGAACAAAAUUUACUCGUGAACAAAUUUUAAAUUAUUAUGAAUCAUUUCGAUGUCGUUGUCGUUCAGGUCGAUUAUCAAAAAGUGAAUUUAUUAAAUUUUAUCAAAAAUUAUUACAAUCAAAUUCAGCUGAAACAUAUUGUGAAUUUUUAUUUCGUGCUUUUGAUAGUUUAUCUAAUAAUGGUUUUAUUGAAUUUGAUGAAUAUCUUAUUGCAAUUUAUAUACAUAGUAAUGCAAGUACAGCACGAGAAAAACUUGAAUGGCUUUACAAAGCUUAUGAUCGUGAUGAUGAUGGAUUUAUUAGUUAUAAUGAAAUAAAUCAAAUAGUUCAUGCAUUAUUUAUUUUAUAUGGUAUUGAUCGUGAAAAACAUAGUGUUGCGUAUGUAGCAUAUGAUAUUAUGGCAACAUUAGAUUUAAAUGAUGAUGAUAAAAUAUCCAAACAAGAAUUUAUGAAUAUACUUAAACAUAAAGAACUUACCAGUUUUUUGGCACCAUCACUUGUAAAACAAAGUUAA